AUGGGCAACAUUCCGUCGAGCCUCCUGGACGACCUGUCCGAGGGCACAAACUGUAAGUAUUCGCCGCAGCGACAAAGACGAGUUUCUGUCGAUCCCGGGAAUCGGCCAGAACCCGCUCGCCAGGCGCGUGAUAGACAUCUUCGACACAAACAGGGGCGGCGACAUCGACUUCAAGGAGUUUGUGGCCGGGCUGUCGAUUUUCUCGAGCGGCUCGGUCGACGACAAGCUCAGGUUCCUGUUUAG